UCUUGUUGUAAAAAGUUGAUGGGCCAAAUUGUGGACAUUAUUCGAGAUGGAUAUCGCAAAACCAUUUUUGGUCGUUGUUUGGCCAGAUGGUGGUACAUGCGUAGUUGCAACUAAAUGGUUAGAUAAAUCUAAAGAAACUGUUGUGUAUCCUACUAAAACGAAAUUCCCUACAAGACUAGUAAUGGCUCUUGUAGAAGCGCAAGAAGAUUGGGAAGAAUGUAAUAUCGAAUUUUUGUACAGUUAUAAAACUUUUAAUCUGGCUCGUAAAGCUGCUAUACUGGCUGCCGAAGAUAAACCCAUUGACUCUAACAUAGAGACUGAUUACGAGCAGCCGCGAAAGCGUCAACUUCCAGCCAGAUUUACUCAGAGUUCUGAUGAUAACAAUUCGGAAUCGGAAAAUAUACCUACAAAACGUAAACGACAAGCUGCAAGAGGAUUUUAUCGAGAGCUAGAAAGUGUGGAGAACGAGGAACAUAUAGAAAAGAGUCAAGAAGUCUGUCAAAAAUACAAUGUUCCAGCCCCUCCAAAAACUAUCAGGGAGCAGCUUGCUGCUAUAAAAACUCAAGUUUCUCAUCCAUUAAAAGCGAAAAUUCAUACGAAGAAUCCUGCAAAUAUAAAAAAUUCAAAUGUUAUUGAUCUCCCUCAUACAGAUCUCAUCCAAUGUGCAGAUGUUAAUGUUUCCAAGAAUUUGUUUCAAUCUCCAAUUGAUGAAGAUGUGACUUCCGGUUCGGAAAUAAUGCAACCGAUGACGCAAACAUCAAAGUGUUUCUCCACACAAUAUGAGUUAGAACUUCAAGAGAAACAGGAUAAUAUUUCCCAAAGCAAUGACGAACGUAGUGAUGAUAAUAUGCAAAACUUUGAAGAACGUAGGUCUGCACAGUAUGAUGACAGGGAGAGCUCAGUCAAGUCAGAUACCGUAAAAUCAUCCUUAGCAGAUUCUGACGACUUCUCUCACAAGAAGGGAAAAAGAAAUGACGGAAGCACAGUUAUUGUGUCGCAAAUGUUUGAAAAUAUCUUCAAAGUUCAAGAAGAAAUGUGUUCCAAGCUUGAACAUAUGGAAGUUAAAUUAGACCGUAUUAUCAAGAAGCUAUUUCCCGAGGAGAUAAAAUUGCAACGACCACAUGGAAUCCCGACAUUUCCUUUGCGCACAGAAGAGGACUGGGAAAAACAAGAAGAAAUUCUAGCAGAUGAUGAUGCAUUAACAUAUGUGGUGGAUGUCUUCGUAACAAAAAUGAAAAAUAAGGAAUCAGAAGUUGCUGCUGUGCAGUCUGUACUUCCGAAAAUUAUUACAAAUUCUCUUUCAAGAGCUAUUAGUUGGGGAGGUACUCAAAAAACUAAAAUUGCUUUCAACAAAAGCAAAACAUAUGAUGCUAUUCAAGUGGCUAUUUUGCAGACAUUUGGAAAAACUAGAAACUUAAAAAAGGUCGAAGAUUACGUGAAACGCUGGUUUAGCACUAGUGCUCAGCGAGUUGUAUAAAUAUAAUGCUUUGUCCAGGAAAAAAUAAAAAUAUAAACUUUUAUGUUCAACCUUUAUAUACAAUAAAAAUAUGAACUUUUAUUGUAAAUCUUUGCAACGAAGAAUUAUGUUUAAUGAUA